AUGAGGACACGAGACUUAACUUUUGAGAUCUUUAAUAGUCCCUACGCCUGCUUUAUUCUCGCCUGCGUUGUGUCAUAUAACUGUUUUUAUCAUUCGUAUUAUUUACAUGCUGUCUUGCUGGAAGAUCAAUCACAAAGAAAGCAUACGAGUUCCGAAAAUGCGGAUCACGAUAAAAAGUCUAAUAAAUUUGCAAUUACUAAAGGAUUGAAAACAAUUGACAAUGAAAUCCAGGAACUGGCAAAACCUUUUUCAAUCUUUUUUUUAUUGUGCAUACUUAUUGGAAAUGGUAAAACGGUGGUCUUUCAGAAUCCUGAUCAAAAAACUUGUUACAAAUUCAGCGACGGGACUGAGGAGUGUACCUCAACACGAUUAUGUUACCUAGUUAGACUGUUAGAUAGGCAGAUAUCAGUACAGCAAGAACAGAAUGCAGAUGAUGAGACGUUUAUGAGACGUGGAGACUCGGGUUGCACAUGGUUCGAUCAAGAAGGGAUUUGGGUCAUGGUACACUAUGUAACCUCAAAUAAAGCCAAACACAAAGAAUACGAAAAAGGAAAGUUAAUUGAUACAAGGAUUAUUCCGACAUGGGAUUUAGAAGAACUGGAAGCCCUCCAUCAACAUAUUUAUAUUAACACAGACUUUACUAAAAAAGAAAGUUCUCAGAAUCUUCUUGAGAUGGCUUUAUUACAGCUGCGACAGGAGUCAUCUUCGCCUCCAAAUGGCUCAUUGGGUGGAAAACAUUAUGAAUAUUGGAACAAGCCAAGACUCUUACGAGUUCUACUUUGUUGUUCAUCUGAAAUAUGGAAUGAUUUCACCAAACAAACGUAUGUUAAUCUAAAAUAUAAAGAUAGAACGAUACGAGGUCUUACUGUAACUAGUUCAGAAACAACUACGGUCUUUACAGAGGCUUAUCGUCUCUCCACCAUUCACAAUGAAAAGAAAUUAACUGAAGAGGAAGUUGUUGCUUUAUUCAAAAUCAGCCCUCUCUGCAUGUCUAAAUGA